AUGCGCUGGACCAACUUGCACCUUUAUUCUUGUCUUUCGCUUGGCUUGCUAUGCGAAGCACAUCCGUACAAUCUGCUUUCACGCCAGUUCGCUCCCUAUGUGACGGCGAUAGCCUCUUUGCUUGGCGGCGAUGGAUUUAUUCCCGCAACGUACGGCACUAUCCAAGGACUCCUCGGUCGUGACCAAGAAUUCGAUUUCGUGGUCGUGGGUGGCGGCACUGGCGGCAACGCCGUCGGAUAUCGCUUAGCAGAAGCCGGCUUCAGCGUCGCAAUUAUCGAAGCCGGAACCUUUUUCGAAUUCUCCAAGCCAGGGUUCUCCACCAUCCCGGGCCUUGAUGUCCUGUUCGUUGGUUCGGACACUUCCGAGGCUCUGUCCCCGGCCGACUGGAAGUUCCAGACGACGCCCCAGCAAGGCGCCAACAACCGCAAGUUUCAUGUGGCUCAAGGGAAAUGCGUUGGUGGCUCAUCCGCUUGGAACUUUAUGAUUCACCACAGAGGCCCCAAGGGCAUGUAUGACCAAUGGGCCGACGCCGUGGGAGACGACAGCUACAAGCUCAGCAGUUUCGAAGCUUAUUACAAGAAAUCCGUGACGUUUACCCCCGGGAGCGCCUCUCAACGCCCUGCCGGCACCUGGUCCCAAUCUGCCGCAUCCGACUUUGCUGCUCCAGGACAAGGCGGUCCCGUUCAAGUCGGCUUCACCAACUUCGUAUCCGACUGGUCGAAAUCGCUGCAGAAAGGCCUACAAGCUGUCGGGCUAAAACAAACCGAUGGAUAUGACCGCGGUGCAUUGCUGGGAUACCACUACACUGAAACGACCACGCGACAGUCUGACGGAACCCGCAGCUCAUCUGCUGAAUACAUCUACGCUGCAAACAAGAAGAAAUUGAGUAAUCUCAAAGUGUUCACGAACACGCAAGCGUCAAAGAUCAACUUUGAUAGCAACAAGAAGGCAACAAGUGUCAAGGUGCUCUCAGCAGUCGGUUCCGAGUAUACCAUCAAGGCGAAGAGAGAGAUUGUUGUCAGCUCCGGAGCUUACAGCUCACCGCAACUUCUUAUGCUUUCAGGUAUCGGGCCCACAGAUACCCUCAACCAGUUUGGAAUCCCCAUUGUUGCGCCGUUGCCUGGUGUUGGCCAGAACAUGUGGGAUCACAUCUUCUUUGGGCCAUCUCAUGCUGUCAAGUUCAAGACCAUCAACUCUAUUUUGCGAAACCCUAUCGAUCUGGUAGCGGCGGUCGGCAAGUAUCUGUUGAGCCAUUCCGGUAUCCUGAGCUCCAACGGCAUUGAGAUGGUCGGGUGGGAGAAGCUGCCCGAGCAGCUGCGAACUGGAUUCUCCGACAAUACCAAGCAGAAACUCGGUUGGUAUUCCGACGACUGGCCCGAGGUUGAAUAUCUCGGCGGUAAUGGCAACAUCGGAACGUUCGGGUCCUUGCUCGCACAGCCAUCCGACUCGCGCCAAUACGCCACGCUUCUGGGCGCCCUCGUCGCACCGUUGUCGAGGGGCAACAUCACCAUUUCAUCCACGUCUGUCCGUGAUCAGCCUGUCAUCAACCCCAACUGGUUGACCGACAAGGGCGAUCAAGAGGUUGCGGUGGCUCUCAUGAAGCGCAUGCGACAAGUGUGGGCCACAGCAGACUUGCAAUCCAUCUCGGACGGCCCCGAGUAUUAUCCAGGCGACAAAGUCAAGACGGACGAGGAGCUUCUGGAUAAUAUCCGCGAUUCGCUGAUGACUGUAUGGCACCCGUCUUGCACAUGCAAGAUGGGCAAGAAGGACGAUUCCAUGGCCGUCAUUGACAACUUGGCACGUGUAUAUGGCGUUCAGGGCCUGCGCGUUGUCGAUGCGAGCGCCUUCCCCAUCCUGCCCCCAGGACAUCCCAUGGCAACCAUUUACGCGUUGGCAGAAAAGAUUGCCGAGGACAUCAUCCGGACCGCCAAGCAGUGA